CCAGUUUAAAAUGGGAAAAUAAUUCAUGCAGAAGGGUUCAUAUGUAUGUAUGCACUGAAUUGUUUGUAGGUUUCUCUUUUUUUGGUAAGAGCUUAUCAGCCUUCUGCAGAAUCACAUCUUCUGUUUGAACCAUAAUGUGAUUUUCUGCUCAAAACUAGCUAUAAUUCACUCAAAAAUGAAAAUUCUGACAUCAUUUUUUACACCCUCACGUUGUUUCAAACCUGUAAACAUUUCUUUCUUCUAUGAAACACAAAGAAACACUGGUGUCCAAAAAAAGUCUUUUAAGAAAAUUAACCAUGGUUUUAUUGUAGUAAAAAUGUAGUAACCAUGUUUUUUUUGGCGUAUUGAUUAAUAUUUUUAUAACCACAGUUGGUAGCAAAACCAUGGUUAAUUUGUGGUUACCAUGGUUUAAUUAUAGUAACCAUUGGUUUUUGGUUUCAUUUGUAGUAAAACCACGGUUAAUUUUUGUAAGGGCCGGACUACACUGAAUUUCACUGUACAGACAAAAAAACAGACAUUUUUCAGAGCAUCUCUUUUUGUGUUCCAGUGAAAAAAGUUUUGAAACAGCAUGAGGGUGAGUAAAUGAUGACAGAAUGUUCAUUUUUGUGUGAACUAUCCCUUUAAUAAUGUACUUGAAGAGUUUAUUUGAAGUUUCAGACCCAAAAUCACCCAAGGAGUUUGGAAAAUGGAUGGAUGGAGCCAAAAUCAUUUCUGCAUUCUCAAAAAGAAGGUGUGAUGAAGGCUGUUUUAACACUUGUUGGGAAGAACCCAGUUUAAAAAGAGUGUAAAAGACUGGUUGACCUGCCAUGAUCCCAAUUGUAACCCCAGCGGUGUCAGUAUGUGUCUGUCUGUGCCGCUAUGAGUGGAAACACAAUGACGUACUCCACUGCUGAGGCCUGCUGUGUGUGUGCAUUUUGUUUGUUCACAAUGAUAGUUUUUGUUGUUAAAACAAAAGCCAUUAUGUCUGUCACAAGUGCUUCUUUUUCUGACCACAAAACCUCAAACACACAUGAAAACACACGCACACACCCCGAAUCUCACCCUGACACCAGGCUGCUCAGGAGAGAGAGAGAGAGCGAGGGAGGGAAAGAAGGAGAGAAAGAAGCAAGGGAGGGAGAGGAGCAGCUUAGGCGAUGCGUUUUUUCUUCCUUGAGGUGGACAGUGGAGUGUAUCUGAAGAAAGAAAGCGAAUUUACCUCCCUCAAUUUAGACAUCGCAGAAACAGAGGACAGAAAUCUGUCUGGAGUGAGUGGACAAGCGUCUGCACGGCUCUCUCCUGGCGUGGGUUCGACUCAGCAGUGUCCAUGUUUCCAGUGAAACAGCCGUGGUUGUGUAAAGCGCUAGGUUGCUAUGACUGCUGCAUCCGCUGCCUGGGCGCAGUGCCCUACACCAGCCUGCUGGCCACCCUGCUCUGCUACACCGGUGUGGCGCUCUUCUGUGGGGGAGGGCAUGAGGCGCUUACUCACACACGCACAUUCGUAGAGCUCUACUUCGCAAGGGACGUCCAGGAUUUCAUUGUACUGGCAGACUUUAUAAAAUAUUUCCAGUAUGUGAUCUACGGUCUGGCCUCCUUCUUUUUCCUCUAUGGAUUGUUGCUCCUGGCUGAAGGUUUUUACACCACCAGUGCAGUAAAGCAGACGUUUGGAGAAUUCAGGAGCACCCAGUUUGGGCGCUGCAUCAGCCUGACUUUCAUAAUCCUGACGUACGUGCUCGCUGUGAUCUGGCUGGUUGUCUUUGGAUUCACAGCCAUUCCUGUGCUUUUCUUCAUUAAUAUGGAAAGCUCCUGUCACAAAGUCAACAUUCUGUCAGAAACCACCUUGUUCAACCAGCAAUCAAGGGUCUGCAUGGAUGCACGGAUGUAUGGUUUUCUUCCCUGGAAUGCUUUGCCGGGGAUUGUCUGUGGAAAUACACUGGCAAACAUCUGCAAAACACCAGAGUUCUACGUGACCUAUGACCUUUACAUCUGUGCAUUUGCCGGAGCAGGAAUCACCCUUCUUGCCCUGUUUGUUUACGUAGUUGCCACCACCUACAACUACGCUGUUCUAAGGUUUCUCGGGAGGAAGGGAAUCCGUUGCUAGGUUCGGUGUUGCAAGGCCCGCUUUCCUGUUGCCUGUGGCAGCAGUUUCAGUGGUGUCAUUACUGUGGCCGGUGAGGAAACACAAAAGAGCUCCAUGAAGCCCCUGCAGAGUUCUAUCAUACAGAGCACAAACACACCAAAACCACUGGUUUCAUGAGACAAAUUAGCAAGUUGACCAAUAAAAAAAUUGCUACACAUAAAACCACAAACUACUGUACAGUAGAUCUCUGGAGGAGUGGAAUCUAGCUUCUGUUUUUCUUCAUUUGUCUCCUCUGUCUGUGUAUUUGCCACACACAUUAUUAUAGUGCUUUAUCUUUUUUCUCAUGGCCAUUCAUUCAUUUUAAUGAUUGUAUUCAUUGUGUUUCAUGGUUUUAUUAAUGCCUUGCAGUUUGCCAGGAUUUUAGCCUUUCUCGUCUCUCUCGCUCUUACACAUUCCAUCUUUCUGAGAGGGCUUGAGUUGUUUGUUGUUUCCCCAGUCAGAUGCGGGUUUUUAUUCUGUGUGACACGUAGAGAAGCAGCACUGUAGUGAGCAGCUUUCUUUGUGUCAGUUUGAAUUCAGUAUUUACAGACACUCUUAUGUGUGAUUUUAUGUUUGUGGGUGUAUUUGUUGUAUAUUUUGACUAACUGUGGCAAUAUGAACCUGAUCAAUGAUGGUGCUCGAUCAAAAGAACUAAUGGUUUUUUUUUUUUUUAUUGUUUACUUACUUCAGGGUUGCCAGGUUUUCACAACAAAAACCCGCCCAAUUGCUACUCAAAACUAGCCCAGUCACAAUCCGGGGGGGUAAAACACAUGCUUUUUGGCAGGGUUCCCUUGGUAAAAUUUGCAUUUCAGAGUAUAAAUAUCACAUUGGGGUUGUUUAUCCUGCAGAUAUGAUAAACAACCUGUGGCAACAGUGUUAAAGUAGCCCAGUUCCACGGCAAACUGCAGACUUGGCAACACUGACUUACUGGCUCACUUCAGAAAACUAAAAAAUAUUUCUACAGUAAGAUAGAUAACUGUAAAUGAUUAAUACAAUUUGUGCAGAAUUCAGACUAAAGUGAGUUUACAUAAUAUUGUGUGUUAAUGUUAUUGAAACUCAUGCAAUAAAGUUUAAUUUCCUUUAAUGAAAGCUGA